AUGAACAGUGCUCUUGAAAUCGUGAACUUCGUGUUUGACACUCAAAUUGUACCAACACAGAACACCCCGCCGACCGUCUCUCUCAAAUUCACUGCGAAAAGAUAUCGCAACAAAGCAGGCCAACGCCUAGACCCCGCCGACAGCGCUCUGACGUUGCUCUUUGUACACGGCGUUGGGUAUCACAAGGAGUCAUGGGAGCCGUGCAUCGAGGUCAUCUUUCAACACUUCAACGCGGACAAGGCCAAGGCCAAGCUGACGGAGAUUAGAGAAGCUUGGGCCAUUGACUGGCAAGAUCAUGGUGACGCUGCAUUGCUGAAUAGGCAAGCUUUAAGAGCCAGAGGGGAUCAGGGUAUACAGCCCAAUGAAUUAGCGGUUGCCCUAUCCACGUUUGUGAACUCCCCCCAUGUCAAAGGGCACAUCCUUGUGGGUAUUGCGUACUCCCUUGGCUCAGCUGGUCUGCUACUCUCCGUAGGCAACGGGACGGGGAAUGCGCAAACUUACUGUUCUCUUGUUCUCAUUGAUCCCAUUGUUUUAACCAAGGAGCUCUAUCACAACGAUCUCCAGUAUCAAGCUACCUCGAAAUUCCUCAUCAAGGGGGCGAAGACACGUCGGGAUGCUUGGCCAAGCAAGGACAUUGCGUCUGCCUGGCUCAGCAAGAGAUUCCCGUGGAGCGGCUGGGACCCUCGUUUCCUACGGUCAUUUGUGGAGCACGGACUUGAACAAACACCUGAUGAUGUUCGCCUCAAGUGCGACAAGAAGCAUGAGGUUUCUUCUUAUUCGCCAUCGGAAGGCAUAUUUGAAGCCGCGAAAGCUUUCUCCCGUAUAUGCCACAAUAUGCCUAUUCAUGUUAUCUGGGGAGAAACUCCCGAUCUUACGUGA